AUCUGGCUGCAUUUUAGAGGAGGAACCGCUGGCAUGAGCUUGCACAUAUAUUUUGCUAAGGAAUAACAAAAAUUAGAGAGAAAGAGAGAGACAGUGGAAAGCUUCAAAGUUCAAAAUACACUACAGUCUACAUACAAGGUUCAGGUUGUAGUAUUCUCCUCUCUGUCUUCUUUUUAUGCUCUCUUUUAUUCUUGUCAAUCUUAAUUUCCACAAUUUUAUUUUCAUUUUUUAUUUAUUUAUUUUUUCAAAAAAGAAAAUAAAAAACAAAAAACAAAAAUAAGCACCGUUCUUUUCUCUCUCUAAAAUCUCCAUUUUCCUUUACUUGUGAACUUUGGAGGAGAUCCAUUUCUCUCUCCCACCUCUCACUCAUCAUCUUUGCAUUUUCAACUUUUAACAGAGAAAGAGAAAAACAAAAACAAAAAACAACACACACCACAAAACAGAUUCGUUGUUUCAUUUCAAAAAAAUUGAAGGUUGAUGGCUGCUCCACCGGCAAGGGCUCGUGCCGAUUAUGAUUAUCUCAUUAAGCUUCUCUUAAUUGGCGAUAGCGGUGUGGGGAAGAGUUGUCUUCUUCUGCGUUUUUCUGAUGGGUCCUUCACAACCAGUUUCAUCACAACUAUAGGCAUUGAUUUUAAGAUAAGAACCAUUGAGCUUGAUUCCAAACGGAUCAAGCUCCAAAUUUGGGAUACAGCAGGGCAAGAGCGGUUUCGGACAAUUACAACUGCUUACUAUCGUGGUGCUAUGGGCAUAUUGCUAGUGUAUGAUGUUACUGACGAAGCAUCAUUUAACAAUAUCAGAAAUUGGAUUCGCAACAUUGAGCAACAUGCUUCAGACAAUGUUAACAAAAUACUGGUGGGAAACAAAGCAGACAUGGAUGAAAGCAAAAGGGCUGUGCCAACAUCCAAAGGCCAAGCACUGGCUGAUGAAUACGGAAUCAAAUUCUUUGAAACUAGUGCAAAGACAAAUCUAAAUGUGGAGGAAGUUUUCUUCUCCAUAGCAAGAGACAUAAAACAAAGGCUCGCUGACACUGACAACAAGGCAGAGCCUACAACAAUCAAAAUCAACCAAGACUCUGGAGCGGGGGCUGGACAGGCUGCGCAAAAAUCUGCUUGCUGUGGUUGAGGACACAUUUUACAUGUUGGUGGCAACAUUAUUGAAGGAAAGAAGAAAUUACUUGUAUGAUGAUCAUGAUGAUGACUUGUGCUUAACAUUUUCAAUGUGACAUUAUUUAUUAAUUUUGCGCGUGAUAAGUAGCUUCAAACUUAUAUUGAAUCAAAAACUGUGUGAUUGUAGUGAA